AUCGUCCAAUCGAUUCGUUUUAAAAUACCACCCUUAACUUCCCGUCUAAAAAAGGGAGAAAUCAUGUAAAAAUCUUAACCCCGAUAUCAUAACUUAAUCGUUUAAAAUCGUUUAAAAUAUUAACAUCGUAAAAUUAUUUUGAUAUUUAAAACUGGCGGCAGGCGCACCCGAGACGCUAUGGAGCCGUCAACAUCCGGAAAACUGGUCAACUUCCUCUGUUCAAGAAUGGAUGGCGUUCACGUGUAAUAAAUACAACUUUCCAGAGCAUUUGCGAGCCAGGAUAACGGGGUCACUGCACGGGUACACCGGCAAACGACUGCUUGCAAUGUUGCUACCAGAUUUUCGGAUUCAGUUUGGAGAUAUUGGAGAGAUUAUAUUUACAGCCUUACAGCAAAUACUGGAUGUAGCCCCACACUAUAAAGAAAGGUCAAGCGUUUAUGCAGCUAAGAUAAGUCGUUUACUUGACGAUCUGACCUCUGGUGCAGGUACAAGUUAUCACACGUCUCCACUCUGGAAAUCACUGCAGCUACAACACUGGAGUUGUAUCGAAGUUCAUGAUUGGAUAAAAAGCGCGGCAAAUGAAUAUAACAUAGACACACGUGACCGGAAAUUACUUGUAGACAUAUUUUCCCGCCAUUCUGGAACUGAUCUUGUUUCAAUGACACUUGAGGAUUUUAAAGGAAUAAGUGUUAAAUACGGAGAAAUACUUUUCAUGACAAUUCAUAGCCAUGUACAAGAAGAAAAUAUUGGACGAAAGCGACAUCGGUCAAGUGGUGAGCUCCCGUCGAUACCAGAAAAUAAGGAAUGUGGACCAUAAGUUUAAAACCCUUACUGUUAACGUUGUUUCGGUGCUAUUUGGUGCAAUAU